AUGGGCAUCAAAAUUCAGCAAGAUCCAAUACCAAUAUGUGCCAAGGAUGUAAAUCAGAUUGCUGAUGCUUUAGCAACCAUUACAUCCAUGAUGGAUGGGCUAAAAGAAGAUGAAGCUAGACCGAUAAUGUUGGAACAAAAAGAAGAACCAACCUACUACAUGACAAUAGAAGAGGAUGAGGAGAAGAAUGGGGAAGGUGAGUGGUAUUUAGACAUACUGCAAUACCUCAAGGAUGGGACAUACCCAAAGCCUGUAGACAAGAAUGACCAAUUGACCAUCCGAAGGUUGUCUACUAAUUACAUUAUUUGUGGACAAAGGUUUUACAAAAGAUCAUAUGAUAGAAUUCAUCUUCUUUGUGUAACUGCCAAGGAAGCAUAG